AUGGCAGACCCCAAAGCGCAGUCCUUGCGCGACUUCGCCAUCCUCACCAUAAUCAAUGUCUUUGGGCUAUUGUACUUUUACCUGUUUGUGAUUCAUUUCCUGCUCUUCUAUUUCCCCUCAUCGCCAGACCGAAUUCUGGACUCGUUGUCUGUGUUGGCGUUUUGCGCAGGGGUCAUCAUCUGGUGCUUGUCCAGCCUCUUCUAUCGCUUUCUAGAUGCUUUCCGGGGCAACGAUGCGGCAGAGUGGCAACAUCUGGAGUUUGGUGCCAUUUUAGUUCUAAUCUGGACAUCCACCCUUCCUGCCGCGGUGGUGCUAUUCCGGAAUGAGCCCUCUCUCCGGCUUGGAUACCUAUCUGCCAUUACCGUCGUUGCUGUCGGGAUUCUGGUGGACUUUGUGGUCUACGAUUCCAGUGCCAGGGCAGCGCAGAACCGGUUUCCGUACAGCUGCAUUUCACUGGGCUUGCUUUCGCUAAUACCAGCCAUUUAUGCCCUGACUGGGACGUUCCAAAGCCCGCCUGCAUUGGCGGUACAGUUCAGCCGACUCGCCCUCGGGAAUAUACUUGGCACUACGUUCUAUCUGCUGCGUCCCUUGGAGAGGCUUGGUCUGGUGAAUGGCUGGCGGCCCAGUCUCUAUGUGAUGCAUAUCGUCCUGGCUUACAACGCGGUUUCAUAUUCGAGAUACCUCUUACCCGCAGUGCUUCAAGGUCAAGUAUGA